AUGGCCACCAUUUGUGAAACCAAAAGAAUCGGGCGCGUGAAGGCCACGCGCGGCGAUUCUCAAAAACCUAGAUCUCAAAAAAUUGUCUUCCGCCGUUGUGUUGCUCGCCUCUCCGGUGACCGGUCACGACCGGCACCGCGAGAGGGCUCCCUCUCGACGGCUAAAGGCAGCGUCGGAAUCAAGAUCUACUUUCCCUCGCGACACGCCAGAUUCGCCUCCUCUGCCCUCGAUUUCCAGCGGCGAAGAUCCUCUUCGUUUGUCGGUGUAGCUCCACGGCACCCGAUUUCGCCGGUUUCUCUUAUUCUAAGAUUUUUACCUUUGAUUCGCCGUGAACCUAGAAAGCUUCUCUGGCGAUUAGCUCCUCUUGAUGAUCCCUGCCUCGAAACAGAGGGUUCAGCCAAUGCUCCGGUUAGCUCAGGAUUUGGUUUGUUGCUUAGACGUUUUCUCACUGGGCUUUGUUGGGUGCUUCUCUGUUGGUCAAAUUUGUGUGAGGACAGCAGCAGAUCUUUUAGGAGAGUAUCCGUUGUGGCGCGUCUAGUGUUGUGUUUCGUCUGGGCAGCUCGUUUUCAAGCUCUCCGGUUGCCUCGUUGGUGCUACUUUGCUGAAGGUAUGGUCACCGGUGGUGGCUGCUUCCCCUUCUUCUAG